AAAAAAUUAAAAAAAAAAGAAAAAGUUCUUGCAAUCCGAAACAGAGCUCCAGACUGGACUUCCCAGUGUGGAUCUCUUCUUGCUUCACGCAGAUUGUUUCCUUGGUAGCAAUGCAGAAAACCUGAAGAGCUGCAAAACCUCUGGGAGCAGAACUUGUAGCAAAGGAUGUCUAUAUCCUGAGUGUGUGCUCCCAAUUGAGCAGUUAAGAUGGGGGCCACUGAGAGGAGGGCACAGUCAUCAAAGCAGCACAGCUUGGAUUUAUUGACUUCCUUUCCUUCUCUGCCAUCAUGGUCCUGGGAACUGGGCACUUUUUCCAUUUCUAAAUCCAGUGGCCAGGAAAGAAGCAAUGUGAGUCAGGCCUGAAAACUAGUGCAGGAGCCUGACUCAUGGUCCUCCCCUAGCCCAGCACUUGGCUGAGGACCCCUAGAGUGUGUCUCCACUAUGCUAUUUUUCAGAAGAAUAUGAGGAACAAUACUCGGAGGCCAGACUUCUGGGGCAGACCUUCCGCUCUUCUGAUGAGGCCCCUGAGCCCACUCCCAGCCCAAGGCCCCAAUCUGCCAGGCGUCUGGAGUUUGUAUUGAUGCCUACAAAACGGCAGCUGAGCGAGGAUGAGACCACCACCCAGGGUGUGAGGGCCCCCGAGGCCUGCCUGAGCCUGUCUACAGCCAACAAGCAAACUGCCUGGAAUGGCCCCUUCCCUCUACCCAUCCUAGAGGAGAAGCGCUGGCCUCAGCCCUGCUCCACACAGUCUGACCUUGUGCCCAUCAACAUCUCUGGGCAGCAGUUUGAUAAACAUGCAAGUUUGCGACACUCGUUGUUUAACACAGAGACAGCGGUGAACCCCAAGUCCACCCUGAGGCGGAGGCGGACCAUUAUUGGAUUCUCUAACUUUUCUCAGCGAGACCAAGGUCACAGCAGCAGCCCAGCAGGCAGUGUGGUCUGCUCUGCCACUUCAGAUGCCAGACCCAGCCACCCAGCUCCACAAGGUGUUCAGGGAAGAGUUGCUGUUGGUCAGGAAGCUCGGUUCCCAAAUCUCACCUCACCAGGACUGAGAAACCCUUCUAGUGAGCCUGGAGACCCUCAGCAGGCACGCAGCGGCCCAGACCCUGCUGGCAUGGAGAGUAUGGGAAUGGUGUACAGCGUCCCCAGUUCUUGCAAUGGACCAACAGAGUCAACAUUCUCCGCUUCCUGGAAGGGAGAUGCUUUUACCUACAUGACUCCAAGUGCUAGCAGCCAGAGCAAUCAAGUCAAUGAAAAUGGAAAAAACCCUACCAUGGGGAAUUCUUGGGUUUCUCUGAACACCCUCCCACCUCUGGUCCCUAAGGAUGUGGCUACCCUCUUUGUCACUCGUGAUAACCCAGCAGGGUGCACUGGGCUACCCAGCUACUCUGAGCACCCCACUCAACGAAGACAAAUAGCAGAAAGACCUCCCAAAAUUGGCCUUCUGACCCGUGGUACCUCAAGACUGGAGACAGGCCAAGGUGGAGCCAGCAGAUUCCGGGAGCGAUCACUGUCUGUACCCACAGACUCAGGUACCACCCCAGUGGACUAUAAUGAAGAACAGAAGGCCAGCGAGGCCUGCAUCCUGCCUUAUGCCGGUACAAGCUCUGAGGGCAGUAAUAGCACUGACAACAUUGCAGCCCUCAGUACCGAGCAGGAGGCUCGGCACAGAAGGCAGAGGUCUAAAAGUAUUUCCCUCAAGAAGGCCAAAAAGAAGCCCUCCCCACCCAUGCGGAGUGUCUCACUGGUCAAAGAUGAGCCAGUCCUCCCGCCAGAAGGUGGGUUGGCACUGCCCAAGGACCAGAGGCCCAGGAGUCUUUGCCUCUCCUUGGAACACCAAGGACAUCACUCAACUCACCCAGAUGCUCAGGGUCACCCAGCUGUGCCAACUCUCAAAGAUCCAGAAGGUACACAGUUCUCUCACCACUGGUAUCUUACUGACUGGAAGUCCGGUGAUACCUACCAAUCCUUGUCCAGCUCCAGUACUGCCACUGGCACCACAGUCAUCGAGUGCACUCAAGUUCAGGGCAGCUCAGAGUCUCUUGCCUCUCCUUCCACCUCCAGAGCCACAACCCCCUCCCAGCUCUCCAUCGAGGUGGAGGCCAGGGAAGUAUCCUCCCCUGGAAGGCCCACUGGACUGAUGUCCCCUUCUAGUGGAUACUCCAGCCAGUCAGAAACACCCACACCCACUGUCUCCAUGUCCUUGACCCUGGGCCACUUACCCCCUCCAAGCAGCAGUGUCCGAGUACGUCCAGUGGUACCUGAAAGGAAGUCAUCACUGCCCCCAACAUCACCAAUGGAGAAAACUUGCAAGUCUAGGCUAUCAUUUGACCUACCAUUGACCUCUUCAACCAACCUGGAUCUGUCUGGGAUGAGUAUCUCCAUCCGCAGCAAAACCAAGGUGAACCGCCAUCACUCUGAUACCAAUUUUGGGGCCAAACUGGCACAGAAAACUAGUCCAAACCAGCCAAUCAUGCCCAUGGUUACUCAGUCUGACCUCCGUUCUAUUCGUCUGAGGUCAGUCAGCAAGUCUGAGCCAGAAGAUGACAUUGAGAGCCCAGAUUACACAGAGGAGCCUGGAGCAGAAGAAGUCUUCACCUUGCCAGAGAGAAAGGUGAAACCUCCCAUAGCUGAGAAACCUCCACUGGCCCGAAGGCCUCCAAGCUUGGUCCAUAAGCCACCUUCUGUCCUUGGGGAGUACUCUCUGAUUUCACCUACUGCGGCUGUGACCCCCAAGAGCUCCAUUCCUCACAUGAGGCCUCUCCCCCAAGACAGCUACACAGUGUUGCGGAAACCAAAGUCACCCAGCUUCCCCAGUGGCAGGAGCCCCGUGGAGUCAACAGCACCUUCAGGUCUUACCUUCACACCCCUUGCCAGUUCCUCUGGUGCUUUCUUCUCAGGAACACAGCAACCUCCCCAGGCCAGUCUGGAAGAUGAGGGCCCCAAGGUGAGAGCCCUGCCUGGAAGAAUCAGCUUCCAGAGCCAGGAAGAAGCUGAGAAAAAGAUGGGCAAGAUUCCACCUCCAGUACCAAAAAAGCCCAGUGUUCUCUACUUGCCUCUCACCUCCCCUGUAGCUCAGAUGGAUGCCUGCAUGGCAGAACCAAGGCUGCCUCUCAGCCCCAUCAUCACUCUGGAGGAAGAUACCAAGUGUCCCUCCACCAGUGAUGAUCUGAAGUCACCUGAUAAAAGAAUGACUUUGGCUCUGCAGGUUGACAGUGAAAAGGAGGUCAGCUCUCCAGGGAGUUCUAUGGACCCAAGCACCGAAGAAAAGAGUUUAAUCAGUGAUAAAACAGCCGAAUGGAUUGCAGAGGAGGAGGAUGACGUGUUUGUGGCUUCACGCACAACUGAAGAUUUAUUUACUGUGAUACACAGGUCCAAAAGAAAGCUUCUGGGCUGGAAGGAGCCUGGGGAGGGCUUCACGGGCAACAGACCCAGCUCCCAUUCACCAGUGAAGAGCACAACUGAUUCUCCCACCAGUGAGUGUGCUGCUGCCACAGGGCCAGGUGGCAGUGCAAGCCUCGAUGCUGGCCGAAAUGAUGAGUUCAAGGCCUUGCUCCAGAAGAAGGGAAGUAAGGCAACUCCUAGGACCCGCCCCUCAGCCGCCGAGCUGCUGAAGACCACUAACCCACUGGCUCGGAGAAUUAUUGCACAGUUCUCAAAAGACUAUGAAUCCACCGACAACCCCAGUACCUAAGCCCUGCUUUCUACAGCAGGGCUUACUCACUAGACUUGAGUAGAGAAGGGGGAAGACAAAGGGUUUUAGAAAGUACCCACAGCAACAACAAAUGAACCUACAUGUCUUAGACAUUAACUCACACUCUGGACGGCAAAGAGGCUAGCACAACUAGAGCUGAGCUGGCCGGGCACCUCGGAUUGGCUUCAGACACUCUGCAUUUCCAUGUUUCCACCCUUUCCAUGACUGAACACUGAGCUCCUUCUUGUUCCCCAGUGGUGUGCACCAAGAAGAGAUUCUCAGAUGUGAGGGUCUGUACUCCACCUUUUCAGUGUCCCAGCUGUUUCGUCCAUUGGCUCCUAUCACUGAGAGGCACAGUGGGAGAGCAGAUUGGGGUCUGCCAAACCAGGGAUGGGGACGGGCUGCAAUUUCAUUGCUGAUUAGCCACCCUCCCUGGGAAGCCUGAUGGCCCUACGUGAAGACACAGAAAGACACCAAGGCCUCCUCAACCACAGUGUGACUCUUCUCCAGCGAGAGUUUUGCAGGCGUGCACUAAUUUCAGCAUGGGGUUGAUUGGAUGGUUUUUGUGGCGCAAAAUAUGAAUGUGACUCUCCC